AUGGAUUCAGACGACGACUUCAACAGCUCCCAGGCGAGCCAGGACGAGUUUAUGGAGGACAGCGGUGCUGACUUUGACGAUGAUUCCGAUUUGGACAUGGAUGACCAAGACGUGGGGUUUGAGAGUCAGGACAAGGACAUCAAACCGACCAAGCAAGCCUACGAGACCGAGUUCAAAGUAUUCGACCCCCCCCAGAUACAAGAUUCGCAGGAUAAGCAGAUUGCCGAGGUCUCCAACAUUCUUGUACAACCACCCGAAGCCACGGCUAUCCUCCUCCGGCACUUGCGAUGGAACAAGGAGCGCUUGAUUGACCAAUACAUGGAAAAGCCCGAAGAGGUGUUGGAGAACGCUGGUCUGGGCGAAUCUUCCGAGGCAAACCCUCCUAAGAUCACCAAAGUCAAGGGCUUCAUGUGCGACAUUUGUUGCGAGGAUGGUUCUGACCUGGACACCUUUGCUAUGAAAUGCAAUCAUCGUUUUUGCGUGGAUUGCUAUAGGCAGUAUCUAUACACCAAGAUCAAGGACGAAGGCGAAGCUGCCCGCAUUCGGUGUCCCGGUGACAAAUGCAACAGGGUAGUGGACUCUAAAUCGCUGGAUUUGCUGGUUGGCGAUGAUCUCCGCGACAGAUACCACGAGCUUCUUACCCGCACCUACGUCGAUGAUAAGGAGAACCUUCGAUGGUGCCCCGCACCAAACUGCGUCUACGCUGUUGAAUGUUCGGUGAAGGAUCGAGAACUUCCCCGGGUCGUCCCGACGGUACACUGUGAUUGUGGACACUACUUCUGCUUUGGCUGCUCUCUGAACGACCAUCAACCUGCCCCUUGUGGCUUGGUUAAGAAAUGGCUUAAGAAGUGUGAGGAUGAUUCCGAGACGGCCAAUUGGAUAUCGGCAAACACCAAAGAGUGUCCAAAGUGUCAAUCAACCAUCGAAAAGAACGGAGGUUGCAACCACAUGACAUGCAGGAAAUGUCGCAAUGAGUUCUGCUGGAUGUGCAUGGGCGUAUGGUCCGAACACGGUACCAGCUGGUACAAUUGCAACCGUUUCGAGGAGAAGAGCGGCUCCGAAGCUAGGGAUGCUCAAGCCAAAUCCAGGCAGUCACUUGAGCGAUACUUGCAUUAUUAUAAUCGUUACGCCAAUCACGAACAAUCGGCAAAGUUAGACAAAGACAUCUACCUCAAGACGGAAAAGAAGAUGCAGCAACUACAAAACAGCACAGGCAUGUCAUGGAUCGAAGUCCAAUAUCUCGAUACCGCUUCGCAGGCCCUUCAGCAGUGUCGACAGACGCUCAAGUGGACUUACGCCUUUGCGUACUACCUCGCACGCAACAACCUAACCGAAAUCUUCGAGGACAACCAGAAAGAUCUGGAGAUGGCUGUUGAGAACUUGUCGGAGAUGUUUGAGAAGCCGAUUGAUCAACUGCAGGGGCUCAAAGUUGAUAUGAUGGACAAGACAGCGUAUUGCAAUAAGCGCCGCAUCAUAUUGCUCAACGAUACAGCUGAGAACCUAAAGCAAGGUAAUAUCUUUCCCUCAUCCCUCCUUUUUUAUUGGAUAAUUAACAACGCAACAGGUAACUGGGAAUUCAUCGUGUCACUCACGUGA